UGCUUUCAGUUCCAUAUUUUCUUACUAUUCUUACUGUGCAAGUGGCGGGGCAGCAAACGAUCAAUGUUGGUUACCAAAGUUUCAUUCAACAGACUCAUUGCGACAAGAACAGGAUGGGCCCGAUCGGUCACUCAACUUCGCUGGGCAUCGCAGCAGUCUAGUGGUUCUUCUCCUGAGCAACAAGGAUUAACAGGCGCUUUGAUGACCAAAGAAACCACAACUACAACCAGCCCUUCAGGCGCUGUAAAAGAAAAAUCAGAAACCAUUGAAGCUACUGUAUCUGCGAAUACCAAACCCUCUGAAACAGCUGCUUUCAAGGGUAUCAUAAGCGCCAUUGAUUCAGACGGAAGUGAAAGCUUAACAGCUGGCAUCUUUAAGGACCUUGGAUCAGGCUCCUUUAGCAGAAAUAACAACAGAAAGGCUUUUCCAGGUGCUAACAUGAGCGAAGGCAGUAGCACGCCACUGUUUUUGGGUAUGGAUUUGUCUGAGUUUGAUAGCACACCUUAUCAUAUCCACGUCAAUGUAUCCCCCAAUAAUACAAUUAUCACGUUGACACGACCUAACGGUUCACCAUUAAUCACAACAUCAGGUGGCUCGGCAGGAUUUAAAAAGGCUGCACGAUCUGGCUAUGAAGCGGCUCACCAAGCCGCUUUACAAUUACUAGAGAAAAUCAAUACAAAGAACAUUAGAGUCAACAAUGUCAAUAUCAUUCUGAAAGGUUUUGGUCCAGGACGUGAUGCUGCGUAUAAAGCUUUAGCAACAGCUAAUUGGAACAUCAAACGUAUAACAGAUGCUACACCAGUACCUUUUGGCGGUUGUAGACCCAAGAAACAAAGACGACUUUAGAAGCCCUAUUUAUGAUGAAGCUCGGUUUUUCGUACAUUGCCUUUCCCUCUCUUUCCCUGGUUGUUUUUUUUUU